AUGAAGGGGACCCUCCUGCCUUGCCUCCUGCUGCUGUUGGUGUCCCCAGAGCCAGCACCCCAGCCCGUUGAAGGAGCCCAAGACAGCUGCGCCCAGCGCUGCGGCAUCAAGACUGGGCCCUGCUCCUGUCACCCGACCUGCUUCAGCCUGGGGACCUGCUGCUUGGAUGUUCGGGACUUCUGCCUGGAUGUCCUUCCCUACUCAGGCUCUGUCAUGGGAGGCAAGGACCUCGUAGUGCAGCAUCUGCGCUGGGGUACCUCCAAUGGCGUCAUCUGCAGGUUUAAGGAGAACGUACAGACCCGGGGCUGGGUGGACAGCAUUGGGCAGGUGCACUGUGUGUCCCCGCUGCUCUACGAGAGCGGCUUCAUCCCUUUCACGCUCUCCCUGAACAACGGCAGCACCUUCGAGCGCUCUGGCAGCUGGCUGGCCGUGCACCCCAGCAAGGUGUCGGCAUCGGAGAAGUGCGUGCUGGUGAAUGAGACGCGCUGGCAAUACUACGGCACCACGGGCUCUGGGGACAACCUCACCGUGACCUGGAGCCCAUCAGCACUGUCCACACGCCAUGUGGCCAUUGAGCUGUGGGGCUAUGAGGAACUGGGGACACCAUACUCCAGGGAGUGGAGAGCAGAGUGGUCCUAUCUGUACACCUUGGCCACAAACCUUUCCAACUCUGGCACCUUCACCUUCGUCCCCAAGCCUGCGCCCCAGAUCUUCCAGCGGUGGGAAGUCGGGGCACUGCGCAUUCUGGACAGUGCUUACCCGGCCGGGCAGAGGGACGUGCAGGCCAUUUGGAGCAACGAGCAUGCCCUGGCCUGGCACCUGGGUGAAGACUUCCGGGCAGACCCUGUGGGCUGGGCCCGCACCCAGUGCCUGGCCUGGGGGGCGCUGGAGGACCAGCUGCCCAACUUCCUAGGGGAGCUGCCCGCCUGCCCCUGCACGCUGGCCCAGGCCCGUGCCGAUACGGGCCGCUUUUUUACGGACUAUGGCUGUGACAUGGAGCAAGGCAGUGUGUGCACCUACCACCCAGGGGCCGUGCACUGCGUGCGCUCUGUGCAAGCCAGCCCCCGCUACGCCUCGGGCCAGCAGUGCUGUUACACGGAAGAUGGAACCCAGCUGCUCACAGCGGACUCCACCAGCGGCAGCACCCCGGACCGUGGGCAUGACUGGGGUGCGCCCCCAUUCCUGACACCACCCCGCGUGCCAGGCCUGUCCCACUGGCUCUAUGAUGUCAUCAGCUUCUACCACUGCUGCCUGUGGGCCCCCGAGUGUCCCCGUUACCUGGACCGGCGGCCCUCCAGUGGCUGCCGCCACUACCAGCCACCACGCCUCGCCUCCGCUUUCGGGGACCCACACUUUCUCACCUUUGACGGCGCAAACUUCACGUUCAAUGGGCGUGGGGAGUAUGUGCUGCUGGAGGCCAAUGUCACCCAGCUCAGUGUGCAGGCUCGAGCCCAGCCAGGGACGCUGCCCAACGGCACUCAGGCCCUGGGCACAGGGCUUACGUCGGUGGCGGUCCGGGAGGGCACCUCAGACAUACUGGAGGUCCGGCUGGCCAAUGAGAACAGGAAGCUGGAGGUGCUGCUGAACCAACGGGUGCUCAGCUUUGAUGAGCAGCGAUGGCUGGACCUCAAAGGCAUGUUCCUAUCGGUGGCGAGUGAUGAGCGCGUGUCCAUCAUGCUGUCCUCGGGGGCCGGCCUGGAGGUCAGCAUCCAGGGCCCGUCUCUGAGUGUGACGGUGCUGCUGCCUGAGGGCUUCCAGAACGGCACGCAGGGCCUCCUGGGGACACUCAAUGGCAACCCCCAGGACGACUUCACCCUGCGCAGCGGGCGUGUGGUGCCCCCCACAGCCAGCUCGCGGGAGCUGUUCGGGUUUGGGGCUGACUGGGCCGUGCACAAUGAGUCAUCAUUGUUCACCUAUGACUCCCGCUUCCUGGUCAACAACUUCCUGUUCCGGCCCAAGCACGACCCCUCCUUCCAGCCUCUCUUCCCCGACCAGAUCCCUGCCACCUCCCAGCUGGCCCGUGAGGCCAGCGCCCUCUGUGGGGGUGACCCUUUCUGCAGCUUCGACGUGGUGGCCACUGGGAACCUGAGUGUGGGCAGCGCCACCAAGGCCGCGCACCAGCUGCACCUGCACCGCGUGCAGAGCCUGCAGCCAGUUGUGUCCUGUGAUUGGGUGGCACCCCCUGCCAAUGGACACAAGGAGGGCACCAGCUACCUGGCCGGCUCCACUGUCCACUUCAGCUGCAACCAUGGGUACAGCCUGGACGGACCAGGGGCCAGCACCUGCCAAGGAGAUGGCACCUGGUCCCUUCCCACCCCUCGGUGCCAGCCAGGUAACAGUUACACGGUGCUGCUGAGUGUUAUCUUCGGGGGCCUGGCCGUGGCCCUAGUUAUUGUGCUGCUGUUCGUGCUGCUACGUCGCCGGAAGGGCCACAGGUGA